AUGUCAGUAAGACCCCAAACUAGCAAGAUCCCUGUCCCGCAAUCUCAGCAGAUGAAGCAGACGCCAAUCAGCAGUGGAUUCCCCCACCAUUUUGCCUUUCGCAAGACCAUUCUGGCUUAUUUAUUUCAUCCUGAACAUCCUGCUGAUGGCCCAAUCAUCGGCCGGAAGCUCGCAUUUUUCUCCCUGGUCGCUAUCUGGGGUUUUCUCCGUCGCCGGCAGUGA